AUGCUUUGGAGCUCGUUAAAUGAAGUGCCAUGGGUUACAAUCUGGACACAUUAUGACGAUGUACUGCAAUUAAUGCAGAAAAACGACCUGACGGAAUUGGAUGCCUGGUAUCUGGUCUCUUUUCCAUCGAUUCUACAAACACGUGAACCUAAGCCGUAUAUAACACAUGAGGAACUACAGAGACUCAUGGAGUGGAAGCUGAAAAAGGGCAAGUGGUGUGUUACAAGGCGGCCACAGUUGAUGAAGUUUAUCAUGAGUUUGAGUGAGAAAGAAGUAGAGAAAGCAUCGCGUGAAGCAUUUGAAACACUCAAGGCUGGGGACCUCCGGACUGCUACAGAAGCGCUCUGUGUGCUGAAAGGGGUUGGACCUGCCACAGCAUCAGCGGUACUGGCAGCGUACGACGAGAGCGUGCCGUUCAUGGCAGAUGAAGCGCUGGACGCGAUUGCAGGAAUCAUUGGUCCUCGCAAAUACACGCUCCCGCACUUUCUGAGCUUUGUAAAAGUACUACGCGCGAAGGCAAAAUGGCUGAACGAACAGCGAGUUGCAAACAACGACGACAAAUCCGAAGCUACUGACUUGUGGACGGCACAGCGUGUGCAGUUGUGUCUCUAUGCUGAAGCGCAUAACGAAGCAUUGACUUUAAGUACGAAGGCCGUUUUGCUUGAUGCAAAGCGAAAGCGACACAACGUUGCGACGAUGCCACUUUCAUCUGAGAAGGAAGUGGGGAAGGUGCACGAAGAGGACGCAAAGGAUCAAUCGUUGCGGAGGUCGCAGAGGAAGCGACAGCGACGAGCAGGUUGA